AUGGAAAUCGAAUAAUUUUAUAAUCCCUAAUAACAGUAGCUUAUUUCUUGCAGAUAAAGCUAGCAAAAUGAUUUGCGUAGAUGCGUUUAAGACGUAUCUUAGUUAGAUAAUUCAGUUCCUAACUUAAUUGAAUGGCUUGAAGCCAAUUACUAAAACCUGAGACAAAUAUGCUCUCUCGAUUAGACAACUCAAAGUAAAUAAGAAACAGAAGAAUAAAUAAUGAUUCGCAUCAUUAAGGAUUAGCUUAGCAGAGCUAGCUAAUAGUAAAGCAUGAAUUUAAAUUUCUGCUAAUUAGAUGUUUAGCCAGCUCUUAUGGAGAGGCUAAUUUUUUCAAUUAAUUAACUUUCUCACUUGAAAGAAAUAAAAAUAAACCUUUCAAGAUAAAAAUGGGGGCAUGAAUAAUUGUAGGUUUUAUGCAACUAAUUAAUUAUGUGUCGCACUCUGAGAAAUUUGGAACUCAAUUUGGGCUUCAAUUCUAUUGGUGAUAAAGGCCAUUAAAUCCUCACAGAAACCCUGUCGAAUUUGCACAUGCUUGAAUCUAUCAAUAUUAAUUUAGAACGCUGCGGUCUCUAGCGUCGCAGUAUUUCUAUUUUAGAAAUUUUUAAUUAUUUAAAAUCUAUUAAUGACUUUUAAUUAAAUUUGGAUGGUAAUCUUAUUGAAAUAGAAGACGAAAUGAAAGCAAUUAUACCUAAAUUUAAAAGCGAAAAUAUUUUCACUAAUCUUCAAAUUUUCAAAAUCAGAUUCAAUGAGUACUAGCCUAAAUAUUCUAAUGAAAUUCAAAACACUUAACAAAUUAAUGGAAACAAUUCUAACUAAUAAAAUUUAUAUAACUAAUAAUCGGCAAAUGCUAAUUUUGUGGCAUAAAGUCAACAGAAUCAAAUUAACUAAUCUGUCCACCCAAAUCAUAGUCAGCUUGAUUUUAAUUAACAAUAGAACUAGAGCAGCAAUAUUUAAUAAUAAUAAUAAAUGCAAGCUUUACAAUAAAACAUUGCUUUACAAUAAUAGCAAUUAUAGUAGUUAUGUACCUAUGCCUAGCAGAUGGUUUAGAGAGGAUUCCCUUAAAACCACCCCUAAUAUCUUUAAAUUGCAGCAUAAAUCUAGUAACUCUAAGCUAGUAUAAAAUAAAACAUGCAUUUAUCCAAAUAGCUACAAACUAAAGCCACUGCUAUCAAGAAAAAAUCAGUGAUUUCUAGAUUGCUAGAAAUAAUGCUCAAAUUUACCUACAAUCUCGAAGAAUUUAGCUUAGCUUGUCCUGGCUAACUAAUUGAUAGCGCUUGCUGGGAAUAUUUCGCAGAAUUAAUUAAAGCCAAAGCUGAAAAAUUAAAAAAAUUUGAUUUUGCUGGAUUAAACUCCAACACAAAGAGCCAAGAUAUGGAAUAUUUCUUUUAUUAAAUGGCUAAGCUCAAAAACUUAACAGACUUAAGCCUUUCUUUCCAUAACUUAUAAACUUAAAGUUGUUUACAUCUUGAAAGAUUCCUUAAGCCUCUUACUAAGCUCGAGCAUAUUCAUAUUGACUUAAGCUCCCCUGAUUCAUCAUCCAACUAAAGAGAUUUAUUCUAGGAUCUGAGCAAUUUUAUUAACAAUACUGAAUCUCAAAACAUUAAAUCCUUAGAUUUAAACAUUUCAAACUCUUCAUUUGACUUAGAUCUUGCUUUACCUCUCUUUUAAGGCAUAGCUAAGUUGCGUAAUUUGGCUUCUCUCAAACUUAAUAUGCAGUCUUGCAAAUAAGCAUGUGACAAAACUAUUUAACUCCUUUGUUAAGCCUUAUUAUAUUAAAAAAAUAUAAAAUCUCUUCAAAUUGAUGCUGCCUAUUCAAGUUUCACUCCUAUUAGUAUUCAAUAUAUCAUGCAAACUCUUGUAGUACUCAAAGACUCUUUAAUUUCUCUUUAACUCAAUCUCACCAACCGUGGAGAAGGAUUUACCAAUUUCAACAACAAUUUAAUAAAUGAUACAGUAGGUCAUCUACAAAACCUAAAGAAGUGUGUUAUAUCUUCAGCACGCAACCCUAAAAUCAGUCUUUAUCGCUAGAAAGCCUAAGAAGUAAAUAGAAUGAUUAAGCUUUGCCAUUUAAUGAAAGCAACUAAUCCCUUACAAAAUUUCAGAAAAGAAGUAUCAUUUGAAGUUCUCUAAUACCUAAGUUAGUGA